AUGGAAGGAUCUUCAGGAGGACAAUGUCAUGUGGAUAUGAAUUCUCAUGUGAUGGAAGUGAUUGAUUCUCAGAUGUUCCUAGAGAAGUACAACUUUCAUAGGAAAGAAUCAUGCCAAUGGAUCUCAUUAUCCAAUAAUCAGGUAGAAACACUCCCAUUUUGCUCUCCAGAUUGCCCUCUUCUCUCGACAUUGUUACUCAACAAUAAUGAUCACUUGCAAGAAAUCUCAGAUGAUUUUUCCACAAGCAUCUCUUCCCUGCCCUCGUCCAUGUCCUGCCUUUGCGAAUUACGGUUGUUGAAGCUCCGGAGCUGCUGCAAGCUAGACGCUCUUCCUGCAUUCUUAGAGGAUAUGCAGAAACUCAAGAUCCUCGAUCUCCAUCAAACUCCCCCGACAAAGAUGGUUGAGGUAUCCUUCCACAACAUGCAAAGCCUCCGACGUCUCAACAUCUCAGGUGCCUGCGACUUCAGCCAACUCUCGCUCAAGGGUUGUCGCUCUCUAUUGACACUGGUCAUCCCAGAUAAACUUUCAAAACAUGAGGCACUAGAUCUAUCAGGCACGAAAAUGGAAGAGCACCCGCACGAAAUUUUCAAUCUGACUACCAUGCGAUGCCUGGACCUGUUGCGAAUGGAGCAUCUCAAGAAGAUCGACUAG